CUCCUUCGCAAGUUGACAUCGCUGCGGAGUCCUUGCGGUAUGCAGCUCGGGCGAUUGGUUCUGUUUCUGGACUAGAUGUUGGCGUCGAGGAAGUCUUAGGCGGAAUAUUCAGCUCGUUUUGCGUUGGGAAAUGAUUAAUCCUUUAUGAUUCUGUUGUCAAUGUAUGACGUUCUGGCCACCUUCACACCGCUGAGCGGCCCGUCACUGACUUCGAUUACAUACGGGUUUCCUUUCGAGAUGCUUCCUCGGUAACUUACCGUCUCACCGUCUCACCACCUCUAUCAUCCUCAAAAUGACUGAGCAGUCUGUGCGGAGGCCCAGAAAAAGGGAUGCUGGAGUAUCGGUAGUUCCACCUUACAUUUUCCUCGGACCUUACACGUCUGCGUCGAGAUCUUUCAUUGAUUCAACCGGCAUUACGCACAUUAUCAGCAUCGGCAGGGCGCCUGUUUGUCCUAACCAUCCUCAUGUCCAAUACCUCCGCCUGCAACUCUUGGAUAAGGAUAUGUCAUCUAUUUACACGGUCAUCGAUAGAGCCAACCAGGUCAUUUCUGAUGCUAGGAACAGUGGAGGAAAGGUUCUUGUCCACUGUGUCGCGGGGGUAUCUCGCUCUCCAACGAUCAUCGCAGCCUACCUUAUCUCGAGAUGCUCUAUGUCGCUGAAGGAUGCGCUUAGACUGCUCGUGCGCGCGAGGCCUGCAGUGUGUCCGAGAGCGGGAUUUAUCGCGCAGUUGAAGGAGCUAGAAAUGAGUAAUCAGGGGGUGUUGUUCACUCGAUGUGGACGUUCUUCCCGGUUCCAAGGAGGCACGCUUGGCGCUCCUCGCGAGCUAAUCGAGGACUGAUUGAUUGUAUGUUCUUACAUGUACCUGCGGGCAGCUGUCACCUCAACUGCCACCUUUUACUUAUCCUUGUGGCUCGGCCAAUAAUGCCCUGAGUCGGGCUCCGCACGGCUACUACAUACAUACAUAUCUCACAUCCCUUGACCCUGAAGGCCUGACAUGUGAUAAUCCGAGGCAAAACUUAUUAAGUAGACAGGUCCUAUACUACGUUUACGACGAUAAAGUGUUCUUCAUCACAUGAGAACGUACGAUAGUUGAUACUUACUUGGAUGAUUUCUUCGGUGCUCAAU